AUGGGCACAAUUCCAAGCGAAGCAGCUCCUGCAUAUGAGGACCUAUUCGCAGGGAAUACAUCAGGCACCAAGUCCAUCUACAUCAGCAUCAACAUGGCCAACCCGAAGGAGAAGAAGAAGGAGACGGACACAUCCACUGCUCAGCCUGCGACCGCCUCCUCGAACGCAAAGAACGACGCGCAAAUCAGCGGCAUUGCUGCACAAUGCUCGCUGUGA